GGCGGUCAAAAAGCUAACCUAACGUCUUACUGUGCCGGGAAAAUACACGUUAAGAUGAGUACUUACGAUUUUACAGAAACAUUAGAUUAUCCAAAGAUGAAGAUGCAGUUCGAGAAACCUCGGAGAAGUUCGAUAUUUGGGAUAAAUGCAUCAUUUGAUUCUUCCAUAACAAUGGCACCGCAUGAGAUGCGAGAUAUUAUGGCUUCUUCACAGAAGAACGACAUGAGUCUUAGAAGCAUGAUGGAUGACAGCGCUGCGACAGGCACUAUUCUCAAAGCGAACGCUCCUUGGCGCGAAGCUAACGUUAAAUUGUACAAUGAAUUUCUUGAAACUUUGCAAGCCCACACGUCCCAGUUGCAGGUCUUCGAGACCGUUGCCGAUUUCAUUCAGCAUUGUACCGAUGUCUUAGAAAUGAUCAGAGGUAUGCAAUCAAAGGUGGAGAGUGCAGACAUAUCGGAUGAAGAAAUAAACUUAGAAAACGAGCGCAAUACUUGGAGACUUGUUUACUGUCUGUACCAAAAUCGUCUGCAGUCCUCUGAGUUUCAAGCUCAGCCUAAUUUAGAUGGAAAUAAUUACAUAUCUGAAAAAGAUGUAAUAGAACAUUUGUAUAGGACUCAAAGCGCAGUGAGGGAAUACCAGUUGAUAGUUGACUGGUUAGAAAAGAAUGCAUCGGAUCAGGCCGAUAGAUUGCCAUCAAUUGAGCGCUUCACAGACGAGACCGUUGCUUGGGAAAAUACUUUGCAUGAAUUGCGUAACAAACGUGUUGGCAUUGCAUUUCCUUCUUCGAGGCCUAUGGUGACGUCGUUGGAUCCUGAUGCACCGAUACGGGAGGGUAAGCCCUUACAUGACUUGGACAAAGAGGACGAUGCAAGACUUGAGAGAAGAAUGUUUGUAGAGAUUCGUAGUGGACGUUUUGAGAAAGCACAAGCACUAGCCGUACAUUGUGGACAACCCUGGAGAGCCGCUUGUUUACUGGGUUGGAUACCUUACCACGAUCCAAAUUAUAAUAGCAAUGUUAAAGACAACAAAUUACCAGCCGAGGGUAAUAAAAAUAGAAGCCUUUGGAAAUUGUGUGCUUGGGACAUUUCUCAGGAUAAACGAGUAGGCCAGUAUUACCGAGCAAUAUAUUCCAGUCUUUGUGGCAACGUAAAACAACUUCUCGAUGUAGCUCUAUCCUGGCAGGACGGUCUGUGGUCUUACGUCAAAGCAGUUUUAGACAUCGCAGUGGAAUCUGAAAUCCGAGGUUUCAUGCCGAUAAAGUAUCCUUCUAUGCCCGAGGAAUACUGGAAGAAUGAAAUGUCUCUGGAACAGAUCUUCACAGAGUUACAAGCAUCGAAGAAUGAUGUGAUCCGUUUUCAAGCCAAUAAGCCGGACCACCUGAUUCAAAAGCAUUUGAUUCUCGAUCAGAUCCCACAACUCAUGGACGAGAUCGAGAAGAUGGUGGAUAGUGGCACUUGCACGUCUCAGUUUUUAAGAUUUCUGGCUCACCUGGUUCUAUUUUUAAGGCAGAUCGGUAAAGGUGCUAAAUACAAAAUCGGCGAUAAAGUGUUAUUAGCGUAUGUUCGAGUGCUCAUAGAAAUGGGCGAUCCCAUUCUUGUUGCCUUUUAUACAACAACUCUGCCUCUGGAGGACCAGGUGACAAAUUAUGCUUCUUAUCUGGAGCAAAUCAAAGAAUAUGAGCAGUGUCAAAAGUGUCUCUCUGCAGCGGAGGAGGCUAAUUUGAAUGUCGAAGCCAUCACAAAAUUGGUGGUUGAGAAUAUUAGGAAGAAAGACACCGAUCUGGAGCCUGCUGACUUGAAAGGCUCGAUAACUGAUAGUGAUUUAGAGAAAAUCAAUGCUCUGGAUUGGCUCACCUUUUACCCAACACAAAGGGAGGAGGCUCUUUGGCAGGCCAAUGCACUGAUAAGGUAUUUCCUGAGCAAGGAGAAACUCGACGCUGCCAGGAAAGCCUUUAAUAAGAUCCCAGUCAGCUACAUCGAAGCAAUUGUGACAGAGUAUCCUUCCUUGGAGGGCACUCUGGCGAACCUGACAGUGACAAGUAAUUUACCAAAGAAGGCUGGUGACUCGAUAAAGGAGUACCUUUGUUACAAAGCUUACCUCGAUGCCCAAGAGGACUUCUCCGAAUGGUUCGGACACUUCCAUCAUGGUCGACCGGCGCCUUUGGAUGAGCUUCCUUCCUAUGCCACCUUCACUGAAAAGGUGGCCUACGAUCACAAGAAAGCACAGUACAACGCAGAGAUGGAUCGGUGGAAGUGCACCAUGCAACACCAUACGAAAACAGUCAAGCAGUUCCUGUUUAACGUUUUGCUGUUUCCUGACGGCGGAUGGUUGGUGGAUUCCGAUCAUGGCAGCGACGAACCGUUGACACCUGAGGAACAGUUGAGGAGACAUCAGAUGGCGAAGCUGCGAGAAUUGUGUAUACCGAAAGUUACGCUUUUGCUGCAUUCCGUGAUGUCGGAGAUGAACGAGCAUUUCGAGUGCAUUCAGCUCGCUGACACUCUCGCUUCGGAGCAGUAUCAGCUCUACAAAGUCUUUUCCAAGGAACGAAUGCGUGAAGUGCUUCGAAAGAUCUGCGAGUCGUCCCUCGUCCUGAUGGAUCAAAAAAAGGAUCCAUGGGGUUAUUCCAAGUGAAACCGAAACAGUGUACGAUAAACAUUAAGGUAGUUCUCGCAAGCGGUGUACAAAGGACUCCAUAAUUUAAAUUUCUAUUCAUACCGAGUGCCGAUUAAAAAAAAUGUCUCGGUCACGUCACGAAUGCAGACAUUGAGCGAACGACCGACGAUAAGUCGCUGUAGAUAAAUCGCCAAGCCUUGCGGUGGCCCCUUUUUUAUAAAACCAGUUUAUUGUCAACCACAA